GAUUGCCCGUCCAUCCCUCCAUUGUAAGGCCCUUCGGGUCCGGUGGCUGUUGGGGAUGGCGGUCAGGAGGAGCAAAGCUGUCGCUGCCACUACGGGUGGAGGUGUUGCAAGAUCUGUUGUUGGUGGAGCACCCUCUAUUGGUGUUGCUGGUGGUGGUAUUGUGCCAGCUGAGCUUGUACCAGGAGGUGGACCUGGUCCUCGCACUCCCUGUGUUGUUGGAUUUGUUGCUGGUGCUGUUGGCAGUCAUGCGGUUAUGCUUGCUGCAACGAGUGGGCGUGUAUGUGUUGAUGCAAGAGAUCUUAUUGCCAUUGUUGUUUCUGCGGUUGUUGGCAUUGUGCCGCAUGCUGCAGCUGGAUUUGGUGUUGUGCCUCUCGGGCUUGCUCCUGUUGUUGCUGCGCCAUCAAGUGUCGUUGCUUCUGCAUUUGCAUUUGCUGUUGGCAUUGCUCCGCGUGGUCCACUUGGGCUUGGUGCUGCUGUGCUUGCAGCUGUUGUUGGCAUUGUGCCUCAUGCUGCAUUACUUGCUGUAGUUGAAUGUGCUGCUGUGCCCCCCGGGCUUGCUCAUGUUGUUGCUGCUGCACCAACAGGUGUUGCUGCUGCUGCUGCAAUUGCAUUUGCUGCUGGCAUUGCACCAUGUGGUUCACUUGGGCCUGUUGUUGUUGUGCUUGCGGCUGUUGUUGGCAUUCUGCCGCAUGCUGCACAGUUGCUGUAGUUGGAUGUGCUGCUGUGCCUCCCUGGCUUGCACGUGGCACUGCAUAGCAUGAGUCCGCGCAUGCU